AUGAGCCAAGGGACGACGGACGAGGCGCGCACGCCUCUGACGUCUUCCCCUGCCCCCUCCAAGGAUAUGGACGACAUAGGAACUGUGGGCGACAAGGCGCAUACGCCGGAUAUGCUGAUCGAUGACGACGAGCCGCGCGCCGCGCCGCCGGCCGCCGUGCCGACGUCGGCGAUCGCGACCGAGAUUUUGCCCGACCCCGCAUCCCUGCCGCCGUAUCCCGGCGUGGCGGUCGCCGGCGCGCAGCACCCGCCGGCGGCAAGUGUGCCGCCGUCCGAGGCGCGGCCCCCCAAGCGGCGCGGGCGCCCUACGGCCGGUGCGACGCGGACGCAGCGCGUGCGUGCCGCGCGCCCUUCUGGCCCGAUGCUCGCCGUCGGCCCGUCGCCGCUGCGUGCGGCGGCAGAAGGCGAGCGUGCGAAUCCUGCGGCGGAGCAGGACCUGCCCAUGAUUGGCGUCGCGCCGGCGACCGACGAGAUGGACUGGGAGUCGCUCAACAACGACUACUGCGAGACGUGUCGUGGUCAUGGGCGCUUCCUGUGCUGCGACGGGUGUCCCCGCUCCUUUCACUUUGCGUGCGUGAACCCCCCGCUGGACGUGGACGAGAUGCCCUUUCCCAACGGCACGCUCCUCCCGAAAAAGAAGGCCGACACCAAGUCGAGCGACCCGCGUGCCGCGCGGCUCGACGCUGACGACAGCUGGUUCUGCCGCGUAUGCUUUGCGGAGCGCGUCCCGCCCAAGGCCGUGCGGGGCUAUGGGCCGUUCAACCCCCUCUUGCAGCAGCUCGAGCGGGAGAAUCCGAGUAUUUUUUCGCUCCCGGUCGAGCUGCGCAAUUACUACAAAGGCGUGUCGACGUCUGCCGACGGCUCGUACGUCGACUCGACCUCGCUGCGGCCGCUCAAGCUCUCGCGCCACGGGUUCGUCGAGGAGCGCGAUCCCUACCUGCUCCGCGACAAGCACGGCGAGGCGGUGCUGUGCUACCAGUGCGGCGGCUCGGCCCUGCCGCCGAACGAGAUUCUCCCGGACGCAAACCGCAAGGCGACGCUCGCAGAGGAGCGCAAGGCGCUCGACACGCUCGCUGACGCGGCGCUCGCCGAGCACCGCCCGCCGCGUGCGCCGCAGCACGGUCGCAGGAUGAUCAGCUGCGACUUUUGCAACCUGCACUGGCACCUCGACUGUGCCAAGCUGCCCAUGUCUGGCAUGCCGCCACCCACACGCCGCUGGAAGUGCCCGGCACACAGCUCGCACGCAGAGCCGCGCGUGCGCAUUCCCCGCGCAGCCAACCAGGUCAAGACGGUGGACGUGCCGCGGGCGACCGAGGCGCCCGUCGGAGGGCGGCGGCGCGAGUAUGGCGAGGUCGACGUGCUCCUGGACGCCGACGACAAGACGUUUGUGGGCGAGAGCGGCUCGGGACACAGCGCCGCACCGCCGUACGAGGACGUGACCGUAAGCAACGCGAACGGCGCCCGCGUGCGCUAUCGCAUCCCGGAAAAGACGAUCCGCCUCGAGUUUUGGAGCCGUGCGGCGUUGGAGCGGAAAACGCCCAGGCCGAGGCACGCACCCGCGCCCAUCGCAACGCAUAGGCCCCUGGAAGACACGGGCCCGAUACCGGCGUCAGCGUGGGAGCAGCUUCUGGCUGUCGCCCUCAGCGAGACGCGGCCCAGCACCAGUGGGACCGAGGCCCGCACGCCGGAGAAUGUGGCGCAGCACGCGGCAGCGGCACGCACAUCGCUCGCGCCGAACGCGACACCGUUCGACGGCGCAGAGCGCUCGACAUACAAGGCGUCCGAGGAGGUGCCGCUUGUGCCGUCGGCGCGGCCAGACGACGUGCCGCAGCAGCCGGCGGCACCGUCGCUCACGUACAUCUACCCCACCGAGCUCGCCGAGCUUCGCGCGGUGAAGCGGCUCAUGAAAGCAAAGGGCGCCGAUCGCCUGCGCGACUUUUUGCAGCAGCCCUAG